UGUUGGGAGAGAGACCGAGGGAGGCAACGCCGCCUGGUCCUGCCCUAGCAUUUUCCUGCUUAAUUCGCCCUGGAGUGUUGGCACCUGUUUUCUCCCUGCGUUCUCCUUGCAGUACACUGCCAGGGAAGGCAGUCGUUCCGGACUUCCGGAAUGUCCAGGCUGGGUUGAAAUAAGAGGUCUGGGUGGAACAGGGGUGUCUGCCCUCUACGAUGACUUUCUAGAAGGAAGCACUAGUGUCUUCUGACAGUGCAGCGCCUAGGGUAAAAGGCCGAAAGGAGGCUUCGGUUACUAAACUGCUUACUUCUUUUUCCUCUGGUGAUCUGGAUUUUUUCCCUCAGCCUCCUCCCCCGCCCCUUCUCUUUCCUUUUCCUCCUUCAGCGAAUUGACACCGGCAGCACCUGCUCGCUGUGUUCAGUAUUGGAACUCACACCUCCUCGGUGAUAACGGUGCCAGCAUACUGGGGACUAGGGGGUGAUUUCCUUUCCUCCUAGCCCAUGAUGCCUGCAGGGGCAGCGAUUGAGCUGCGUGGGGAUCUUCCCGCAGCACUUCCAAACGGGAUUGAGCGGGGGCAGCUGGCCGGGAGUUGCUGCUAAGUGGACUUGGCGCAAAGUCUCCGAGAGGGCAUCAGCUGGGACCUAUCUGUUAAAAGCCGGAACAGGAGCACCUGAACCGAGGAACUCAAGCGUUUUGGCAGGCGGAGGACUGCCAGGCUCAGAGUCGCUUCUCCUUGCUACCCCGAACCUCCCCAGGACUCUCGUUCAUCGGAGACGCGGGACCUGCAAGACCCUGGGAACUAGAGAAGUACGUGGCAAAGGCUGCUUUCCUGAAGGUGAACUGUUCUGUCCAAUUGCCUUUCCCCAGAGAGCAGAAGGGAGGGCGGGAGAGAGGGAACGGAAGAUGCGUGAGUGUGUGUAUGUGUGAGAGACAGAGACGACGUGUAGGGAGAGGAAAAGUCUUUAUUCGGCCUUAAAAGCAAACGAAUCAGAGAUGGAACAAGAGUGGUAAUUGCUGCAAGAUCGCUUUGAUUCUCGCAGUCGGGGGAGCUGAGCGCACCGCGCGCAUCCAGCGAGGACAGCGGGCGACCGCGGGCGCAGGCUAGGGCUUCGAGACUUUGGCUUUUCCUCAGUAAACAAGUAUUUCGAUUACUUGGGCGUGUGAAAAAAACGAGGGGAGAAAAGAGUCGAGGCUCCCGCACGUCACCUUCCACCCACUUUAAGGGGAUUCCAGUUUGGAUUGUCAAGAGAUUGCUGGACCCUCUUUGCCAUCGGAGGAGGAAACACACGCGCGCGCACACACGCACGCUCAGGGCUACACUCACACGCCCUCCACGAGCACGCACCACCAGACUUCGGUUCCCUAUGCCCCAGAACGGUGACGGCGGAUUGGCCUCUUGGAAGCGAUGCAAGAGCGAUAAGGCUGGCGCGGGCCCGCGGAAGCUGCAGGAGCAUCGCUAGGUGUUGCCGCCACCAGGAAGCCGGGCUGCAGGAUGAGUAAGAGAUACUUACAGAAAGCAACAAAAGGAAAACUGCUAAUAAUAAUCUUUAUUGUAACCUUGUGGGGGAAAGUCGUAUCCAGUGUAAACCAUCAUAAAGCUCAUCAUGUUAAAACGGGCACUUGUGAGGUGGUGGCACUCCACAGAUGCUGUAAUAAGAACAAGAUAGAAGAACGGUCACAAACAGUCAAGUGCUCCUGCUUCCCUGGGCAGGUGGCAGGCACCACACGGGCUGCUCCAUCUUGUGUGGAUGCUUCAAUAGUGGAACAGAAAUGGUGGUGCCAUAUGCAACCGUGUCUUGAGGGAGAGGAAUGUAAAGUUCUUCCAGAUCGGAAAGGAUGGAGCUGUUCCUCUGGGAAUAAAGUGAAAACAACUAGGGUAACCCAUUAACCAAGGAUAAGGCAAGUGAUCCUCAAGGCCAACUACAUUGAACAUCUGCGUAGAAGUAUAACUUCUGAGGUGAUCUUGAAGGAAGAUUUUUAUAUUGCCCAGAAGAAGCACUUGAGUCUGUUAUUUCCAGGGGAUUUCAUGGCUCAUAAUCAACUUCUUGGAAACAAGACAUUUAAAAAGUCAGACAUGAACUUCUACAUUAUGAAGCUUUCAUCAGAUCUGAACUGUGUUCAACUUGUAUAAUUGCACUUGCAAAAAGAAUUUGAAGUUGCUGUCUGAAGAGUUUGCAUUUCCGGAUGGUGUUCGAGACACUAACCUUUUGAGCUCUUGGCUCCAAAGAAGUGCUUUUCUUGUUUCUGAACUUCUCCUACAUGCACUAGCCUCUGUCAUAGUCCUGUUCCCAGGUCCUGUGUUCACUGGCAAGGACCGCACAUGGCUUCAGUGACAUUUCCUUUGCGAACUUCUCCUCUGGCAUGGUGUGGAGUGAGACAGUUUUAUUUGUAUCCUAAUCUUGGAGCUCUGAAAGCCCACAGGUUUUAACAUCUUAAGUUGCUUUUGUUAAAGGAAUGGAACUAUAUAUCCAUUGAUAAUAAUUAUUGUUGGCAAGUAAUAGUUAUCUGAAUACAUCAAUCAUAUAAGAAUGUAUAGACAAGCUGACAUGUUUCCCCAAGGCUAACACACUACUGCAGCUGUCAGCUAAAUAGGUAGUAGAUAGAAACUGAAUUACCAUUUUCAUUAUAUACUACUACUUGGUACCUCUAGAGUACUCUCCCUGUCAUUUUUUUUUUUAAUUGGACAUUUUCUUUCAUUUUUAUCUUUACUCUUUUCCUUCACAGAAUCAGCAGUGGGCAGUCAAAUAUUUAGGCAAACUUCAGUUUCAAAAAAUUGCCAGGGAUGCAUGUGGGUUUUGAUUUCUUAGCUUGAAAGUUACUCAGAUUUCUUAAAGUUUUUUUUUUAAACCAUCCUUUCUAUCUCAUUUGAAAAAGACCAUCUCUUGCUUGAUCCCAAUGACUGUUUGAAUGCCUACCUAUUUGUUUGAUUUGUUUGUUCGGUCUGUUGGUAGAGUAAAUUGUUCUUUUCCUUGGUCUCACAUUUAUAAAUAUUUGCUUGUAGUUGUCCCCUUCAAUUACUUAGGUUACUUUUUGUCCACUUUUUUUGUAGCCCUUUUAACACUUGUGGUUUUCAGUUGUACAGGAAAAUCGUAUAAACAUUUAAAGGCCUUAAACAAGUAUGUACCUUUUUUCUAAGUUAUUCACAGAAUGUAUAAUUUUAUACUGUCUUUGUUUUGUUUCAUUUGCGAUGUGGAGGGAGAGAAGAAUGGAAAUUGCAUAGCCAUCCUAUCAUAAUAUUGUGUAAAUGUACAGUUUGAAGGAAUGUAAAGGAAGAGGCUUCUGUGUUUCACUCAUCUUAGACUAAUAGGAAGAUACUUCAGGAAUUGCCCUAUUAGAAGUUCCAUUAUGUUAGAGAAGGUGUGGACAUCUUUUGUAUUUUUAAAACUCACUGACAUGGCCAAUUAGAUAUAUGUUGCUUUCUAUGAUGGAGGCUGUCAGACAGACCAAAGCUCUCCAGGGUAAGUUGGUGACAACUUUCAAAAACCAAUGCAUUACCCAGAAUAUUUUUUUUCAAGAGAAUGACUCAAAGUGUAAAAUUUGUUUAAAAAAAUUAAAUUUGUAAAGUAUGCCAUUAACAUUGAACUAAAAUAUACUGCCCCACAGUCCACAGAAUGAAGUGAUUUUCUCCUUCCAUUUUAAGUAUGCAUAAAGUUAGAUGGCUCUGAGUGAAUUUUGCAAUGGUUCAAGACAGCCUGAACUCAUAAAGAAAGGAAGAACAAUUGUGCUGGAGUUUCUGCAUUAGUGAUAAAUAUCAUUAAUUUCUUUGGAACAAAGUGGAAAAUUACAUUAUUUUGGAAAUUAUGAAUUUGUCCUAGGUUUGAAAUUAUAGAUCAUGCCUCUCAUUUUUUAAACUAUGUCCUUUAAAACAACACUGGAAAUUCUGUAUUAUAUUCAAGUGUAAUACAUGCAUAUCGGUAGAAAAAAUAAAUGGAAUUUCAAAUAUACUAACUAGGUUAUCCUCAGUAGAUUAAUG